GGGAGAGGCCCCCGAAGAGCAUGCGCUGCAGCCUCACCCAGCGGCUCGUCCCAGCAUGGAGUCGUCAACUGCUGCCAGAACAUCCAGCUUUUCGCGCCGUUUUGGAGCCCCUGGGGCUCUCUGGACCUCGCGAGAAUUUUUUCUUCGGCACGCAGAAGCCGCGGCAUUGUAGUAGAGAUGACGUUGGGCGGCAUCAGCUUCAACUCCCGCGUCUCACUCAGCAGCGACAGUGCCCUCUGGCAUUGCUUGCCUCUUUCGCACGCACUGGCCCCGGCGCUGUAGCUAAUGACAUCGGGCGUCAGCUUCGCCAUCCACAUCUCGCUCAACAGCCCCCAAGCCCGCUGCCACUGCUCACCCUUCUCUCACGCGCUGACCCCCGCGCUGUCGCUGUCUAGAUGACGUGAGGUUCCAGCUUCGCCUCGCGCGUCUCGCUCAGCAGCGCCACAGCGCGCUGCCACUGCUCGCCUUUACCGCACGCGCUGCCCCCAGCGCUGUAGCUGAUGGCCUCGGGCUCCGGCAUCGCAUCCCGCAGCUCGCUGAGUAGUAGCGUCGACACUGGGCUCCGACGUCGCAGACGCCAUCUCGCCGAACCGCGGCAGGCCUUGCAAUGCUCGGCUCUCUCGCGCGUGCUGACGUCAGCGCCGUAGCCAAACUGGGCGGACUCGUGCAAUGACCAGCGAGGCGGCUUCCUGCAGGACGGAGAAAGACCGCUGCCAGAUUCAAGAGAAGGAUUGCCGUCCACGUGAUCGCAGGCGUUGCCCAGCAGGUUCUCGCACGCAAAGCGCUUCGCAAGACACUCGAAAACGAGAAAGACCCAGCCCGCGAUAGCCUGGGAAUCCCGCCGAGGUCUGACACGAUCUCUCAUACGCUGUGAUGCCCAAGUUGUAAAUGUUUUGGUUCGUCUCCACAUUGCAUUCCCGCAACUCGCUGAGCAGCGCCAGCGCAUGCCGCCACCAGUCGCGUCCCCCACGCGCGCAAAUCGCAGCGGCGUAGCUGAUAUCGGUGGGCUCCAGCUUCGCCUCCCGCAUCUCGCUCAGCAGCGCCAGGGCCCGCUGCCACUGCUCGCCCUUCUCGCACGCGCUGAUCCCAGAAUUGUAGCUAUGAUAUCGGGCGUCAGCUUCGCCUUGCGCAUCUCGCUCAGCAGCGCCAGAGCCCGCUGCCACUGCUCGCCCUUCUCGCAAGCACUGAUCCCAGCGCUGUAGCUAGAUGACGUUGGGCUGCAGCUUCGAAUCACGCAUCUGGCUCAGCAGCGCCAGCGCCCGCUGCCAUUGCUCGCCCUUUUCGCAAGCGCUGAUCCCAGCGCUGUAGCCGAUGACGUUGGGCUCCAGUUUCGCCUCGCGAAUAUCGUGCAGCAGCGCCAAAGCCCGCUGCCACUGCUCGCCCUUUUCGCAAGCACUGAUCCCAGCAUUGUAGCUGAUUAUAUCGGGCGUCAGCUUCGCCUUCCACAUCUCGCUUAGCAGCGCCAAGGCCCGCUGCCACUGCUCGCCCUUCUCGCAAGCGCUGAUCCCAGCGCUGUAGCUGAUGAUAUCGGGCGUCAGCUUCGCCUUCCACAUCUCGCUCAGCAGCGCCAAGCAGCGCCAAAGCCCGCUGCCACUGUUGGCCCUUCUCGCAAGCGCUGAUCGCAGCGCUGUAGCUGAUGAUGUCGGGCGUCAGCUUCGCCAUCCACAUCUCGCUCAGCAGCGCCAAAGCCUGCUGCCACUCCUCGCCCUUCUCGCAAGCGCUGAUCCCAGCAUUGUAGCUGAUGACGUUCGGCGUCAGCUUCGCUUUCCACAUCUCGCUCAGCAUCGCCAGCGCCCGCUGCCAUUGCUCGCCCUUCUCGCAAGCGCUGAUCCCAGCGUUGUAGCUAUGACGUUGGGUUCCAGCUUCGCCUCGCGAAUCUCUCGCAGCAGCGCCAAAGCCCGCUGCCAUUCCUCGCCCUUCUCGCAAGCGCUGAUCGCAGCGCUGUAGCUGAUGAUGUCGGGCGUCAGCUUCGCUUUCCACAUCUCGCUCAGCAUCGCCAGCGCCCGCUGCCAUUGCUCGCCCUUCUCGCACGCGCUGAUCCCAGCGUUGUAGCUGA